CAUUGUUGGCUGAGGACUGAAAGACGAGGAAACAGUUGGGAAUGUUUUUAAAGGAGAAGAUGAUCUGCAGGAUCCUGCUGCUCCUCAUCCUCACCUCAUGUGUCUCUGGAUCAUUUGUAGUGAAUGUGACACAGACCUCCUAUCAGGCAGAGGAGAACCACAACAUCACACUGGAGUGGACGUUCACCACCAAACCUGAAAGAGCCCUCAAAUCUCUCAACAUCCUCUGUGAACUGAUUAAGAAUGAUAGUGUCUCAGUCCUGUAUCAUGUUCAUGAAGGUGUUGAGGUGUCAGAGUCUCAGGAUGCAAAGUUUUCAGGACGAGUCCAGAGUGACAAAGACGCCCUCAGAGAAGGACGAAUCAGACUUCAAGUGUCCAGACUCAGGACUGAUGACUCGGGUCUGUACCUGUGUGAGGUCAACACUGAUGAUGGCUUUGGCUCUGCCAGAUGUCGACUCAGUGUCACUAGAGCUGAAAGGCCAAUGACGACCCACUGGGAGAAAGUUAAACCUGCUUUAGCAGUUGGGCAGAUCACAGUCAUAAUACUUGCUGGCUUAAUGGUCAUGACUGAAAUUGUGACUCAACUGACGGGAAGGGGAGGUGUUGAGGUGUCAGAGUCUCAGGAUGCAAAGUUUUCAGGACGAGUCCAGAGUGACAAAGACGCCCUCAGAGAAGGACGAAUCAGACUUCAAGUGUCCAGACUCAGGACUGAUGACUCGGGUCUGUACCUGUGA